AUGCGCCCGCUUCCACGAGGAAUCUACACGCCACUCCCGUGUUUCUUCCACGAGAAUGAGGACCUAGGUCAGGCCUCUGCCAACUUGGACGCGUUUGUAUCCCAUCUCACAUUUGUCGCACAGGCCGGGACAACGCCAGUCAUCUCAGGGAGUGCCGGUGAGGCUGUUCAUCUGGACCACGAAGAAAAAGUCCUGUUGAUCAAGACUGCUCGCGCGACUCUUGACAGCAUCGGCCUCCCGUCUGUUCCCAUCAUCGCCGGUGUGGGCGCCGCAAGCACGCGCGAGUCCAUCAAACUCGCCCGCGAUGCGGCUGAGGCCGGUGCAGACUAUGGAAUGGUCAUUCCUCCGGGAUAUUAUGCCGGCGCUCUGGCGGCCAAUCGCCAGUGUCUGAGGGACUUCUUUGUCGAUAUAGCCGAGUCAUCGGAACUUCCCAUAAUCAUCUACAACUUCCCAGCAGUCUCUGGUGGCAUCGACAUGGAUAGCGAUCUCGUCGUCGACAUCGUCAAAGCGUCACCCAACGUCUGCGGCAUCAAGCUUACCUGUGCCAAUGUUGGCAAGUUGACGAGGAUCCUGGCAGAGACUGGAAGCCCAGAGUUCAGACUUGCAUAUCCUCGGCGCCACCCCGGUCUCGAAUUCACGGCCAUUGACGGGUUCAUUGACUUUCUGCUGCCUUCGGUAGCAGUCGGGGCAGGUGGUGCCAUCAGUGGUCUGCCGAAUGUCGCUCCGAAAGUCUGUGUGAAGCUAUGGGAACUGUGCCAGUCACCCGACACGGCCAAAGACGCAUUGGAGAUGCAGAAUCUGGUUUCACUAGCAGAUCGCGUGCAGCUGAAAAUGGGUAUACACGGGAUGAAGAUGCUACUGCACAGGCAGUUCGGCUACAGCGCCGUUUCCCGGCGCCCGCUGCCAUUGAUGGACGAGAGUGAUGCGGAUAAGAUGUUUGGAGACCCAUACCUCCAGAAAUUACUACGCUUAGAGCAGACACUCUACUUCGUGGAGGCUACGGAAGUGGCUGUCUCUCCGCGGCCGAUUCCUGGCCGCUUCUACAAGUCCCGGAAGUCUCGCCCCUGCGACUGCUGUCGUAAGAGAAAGGUCGUUUGUGACAUGCCAAAGGGUCCACCAUGCCGCCGCUGUUCCACCCGUGACUUGCCCUGCACCUUCGUGCAGGGGCCAGGCGAGAGGAAGAGGAAGAGAUUAUCGUUUGCUUCUGAGGAUCCAACAGGAGCGACCGGUAUGUGGGACGAGUCUCACCAUAGUUUACCAAUCCAGAGCUUCUUUGAACACGCAGAAGAUGGAUUCCUUGUUGAUGGAUUCCAAGACUUUCAGAACUUUGUCUUCCCUGGGAUAGAUCCGCUGCUCGCUACCCCGGGCGUUUCUUCCCAACCUGCACAUCAGGGGCAGCGCUCUCCGCUCACUUCACCUCCAUCAAGCCAGCAUCCAUACCACCUCAAUGAGUAUCACAGAAGCACUACAGCUGUGCCUGCCACUAACGAGGCUGGUCAAAGGCCAUGCCAUUCUCUUGAGAACCUUUCCGGGGCUUUCAGCUUCUACAUUGGCCCUACAGGGGCGGCUGAUAUUCAUCUCUUGAGCCGCGAGCAAUAUGACGGGGAUGAGGUAGCGCGUCCACGUCUGAGCGGCCUCCGCUACCGUCGUCUGAAAACGACAAUUGAACCGGACAUACCUGUCAUCUUUGGGAUCACCGAUCAAAAGCUCCUAGCCAACACAGAGCCCAGAGUUGAAGUCUCAGUCAUUGAAGACGCUUGGAACGAACUUUGGGAUAUCUUCGAACCCCAUACAGCAUGGCGACUCAUCCAACUCUUCAGUCGCUUCAUUGAGCCAUGCUUUCCGAUCAUUGCAUCUCAACAGCUGCCAUCAAAUCCUGAUGAGCUCUGCAAUAUGCCGCUGGGUCUCCUGGCAGCCCUUUGCGCAUCGGCGCUACCCUUUGUCAUGCACGAUGAGAGUCUUUACGCUCUACUGCUCCAUCCACCAUCAAGUCAGCGCCUGUACAGGCUUUGUUGGCUCGAUAUUUCGCAACAAUUUCACUCUCCAACACUCACGACGUUACAAGCCUGCCUCUUGCUACAACAGAGGCUGCCCACGAACCCUUACUUGUCUGACACGGCUUUCUCUUGGACGCUUAUAUCGAGCGCCGUAUCCGUCGCACAGACAAUCGGUCUCCAUCGCGACCCCAGCCCAUGGGAGUCUAUACCACAGUGGGAAAGGAUGCUCAGAAGGCGGCUUUGUCAUAUUCACGACGAUGACUUCGACGUCUCGGAGUUGACACCAGAUGACAUUGAAGAUACACUGUCUCGACCCACCCAGAACAAAGUACACAUCUGCGAGCUGGUUCAGGUGACCAGGAUCAUGGCCGACAUCCACCAGACGUACUACACAACGCGUGCCAUAGGUAGGACAGCGCACGAUCUUCAGCAUUCUCUGGACCUCGCCCGCUCAGCUCGAGCGAGACUUAAACAAUGGCGCGACCAACUCCCGCCAGCGUCGCAGCUAUUCGCCCCCAGCUCACCGGUGGCUGGUCGCGGGGUGCAGGAUCAUGAUGACGGAAUCAUGAACGGCAUCGGCGCCGUGUAUCUAUCAUACAUCAUCACUCACAUGACUCUGUUUCGUGCACUGCUCCGCCCGCUCGAUAAGUCGCCUGCCAUAGAUCCUCGGUCACCUUCAAGUAUUCCAGGCGAGGAUCUCUUCAGCGCGGCCAAAGCGGUGAUCAGGGGCUCCAUCUUGUGCGUCAAAGAAUUCGUCGAGAUGCUGGAGAACAUGACAGCUGCACAGUGGAAUGGCUUUUGGCACAGCUGGAGCCGGCAGAACUUUGCCAUCGGUGGAUCGUUCAUGGUGCAUCUGCUCCACAUCACGUCGGCUUCUAGUCAUAUAGAGGGAGACAUGGGGUUCGCUAGUGAAGACCAAGAGUUGAGGGUCUGGAUCGGGAGAUGGAGGACCGCGAGCCGGGCCAGCGCCACUGGGGCAGCAGGGGCAAAGGGGUUGGCGAACCUGGGGUUGUUGAGAGUUGAGAUCAUGUUGGCACGUUUGCUGGCGAAGGGUGAAUAA